AUGUCCCCCGCGACCCCCUCAGCCCCUGGUGCGCCCAGUGCCGCCGAUAAUGCGCGUCACAAAUCCACCGGCCUGAUACCCACCAAUACCGUAACGACCAAAGAGGGAAUCACUGUUCGUGUCCGCAUCGACCCGUCAUUGACGGUGGACGAUGUGGUUCGUCAGUUAUGCCUGAACUUGAAGCAGAGGGAUCCGCCUGCGAUGUUCGCGCUCCGGGACGAGAUGGACGAACUGGUUACGAACGAAAACUUGCGGAAGAAGAUCUUGGCAAAGGUUAACAUGAAACUGGUCAGCGCCCCUGGGUUAGAGGCUGCGGAUAUUGUGGAGAAACUGGGUCUGCGGGACGAGAAGACAUUGCGUCUAACACUGUUUUCCUUGCAAAAGUUCAUUCGAGAAGAGCCAUUUGCCAAAGAAUUCCUUCGCCUGGACGGACUGAGAGAACUACUCACAAUCAUAAACAUCUCUCAUGGGAAUACUCUUGCUUACGCUCUCAGAGCGAUGCAGAAUCUCAUGGACCUCGAUUAUGGCUGGAGCACUCUAGACAGCAACUUUAUCCUGCACAUAGUACAGAUUCUGUCCUCUUCUCAGUCACUCAUCAACGUCUGCCGGCCGGCAACCGCGAUCCUGAAGAAACUCGUUGAAGCAGACCCACUGAGCGCUCCUGGACCUCUGGUUGCUAGUUCCAGCCGCGGGCCGCCCGCUCCACCUCCAGGUUCUGUGUACCGCUACGGAUUCGAUGUCGUCUUUGAACAAAUGCGGAAAGAAAGCCGAAUGCUCGAGACCGUCGUCAACAGGCUUGGCAGCGCUGAUACUGCGAUGGUGCUCCAUAGCAUGAUGCUCAUCAACUCGCUGCUCGCACAUGCGACCGACACGCGUUGGGGCGAGUUUGUUUCGGAGUUGGAGCGCCUGAAUGUUCGGAAAGCCGUCGUUCGCCUCAUGUCAUCGCAUACCAUCGAGGACCUCACAUCGUGUAUUCUCGAUUUCCAAGCCAACAUGGUCAGCGUCAGCUAUCGGAAGAAAACUACGCUCGUGGAGCCCGAGGUUGAACCUCUCCAUGAUGCCGCACUCAAGUACAUAUGGACCCACGCAAGAUUACAGGAGGAGGAUGACCUCUCUCCUGGUGCCGAACCCGGGGCCAAAAUUCAGUGGCGCAAGCUAGGCUUCGAGACUGAGAACCUCAGCCACGAGUUUGGUGAAGUUGGCGUGUUGGGUUUGGACUGCCUUAAGAGUUUCGUGCAAUCGGACCCCGAUUUCUUCUCCAAGGUUGUCCUGGAGCAAAUCAGCCGCCCUGCGGAGCGGAGGUGUCCCAUUGCAAAGGCAUCCAACGAAGUGGUGGAACUGCUCUCUGAGCACUGGGCUAUAUUCGCUCCGGGAUACUCCACGUCGACGACCUUCCAGCCGUUCUUCCUCAACUUCUAUAGAGUCCAUGCCCUCGCCACUAACUUCUUCCUCCGGAUGUGGACGGAGAGUGGCGCCGCCGCGGGAGACUUUCCCCGUGUGGUCGCCCUUGCGCGAAGCCAAGUUAAGGUGGCACUCCGGCGAGAAAACAUUCGACCAUGGCACGAAGUCGAGCAUGAUUUCCUGGAAUCGGAGUAUCGGGCCGUUCGCGAUCGUCAGAUGCGAGAGCUCGAGGAGGAGGAUGACCUAUUGAGCAAGGUCCCUAUUCGAAAUCUUCGAGCAAAGCUGUACAAGGAGUCAUACGAGUUCGUUCGGCAACAGCGCAUUCAAUGCCUCCUUCAAGGAGCAUGGUUCGUUAAUGGUGUUCCUCUGUCGACGCCGGUUCCACGCGACGCGAUUCGCAAGUCGCCUCUGCCAUGGCGUUUCAUGCGACUGGCACGUUCCCUUGACUUGUUUCUGGAAGCCCGAUAUCUCCAUUACGUGGAUAGUACAUCCAAAUUCCCCGUGCGAAGCGGGUUAGAAGAUCUUCCUGAGCGCAUCGACGUCACCCAAAUCAGUGAGAUCGCGACCGGAACUUGUGCACCGCCCUCCAACGUCGUGCGCGACCACCCAGAGCUCCCUGCAAGCACCACCUCUGCCAGUCAUGCCUCUCCCCUCUCGUUCUCUCUUCUCAGCGCAAACGAAGGUUCGCUUGCGGAUCUGAUUGCGCCUGACCAGUCCCGGUGGGCCGAUUGGACGGACGGAUUGAACAUGCUCCGAAGGGACGGCGGACACGUCGCUUCCAAAGAGACUGCGGGCUUCGUACACGCGCUCACGGAAAUCGGACUGAAGAUCAAGUUGUUGGAUCUGUCAGGCGAGAAGGUCGAUAUUCCGAGCGGUCUCUCGGCCGGCCCCCCACCUACAAAUAUGGAUUACUUCUUCUCUGAGCUGUCGUACUGA